CAACCGGACUAGAAAUACUCAAAUUGGGGUGAUCGAGUCCUCGCAUUUUUGACCAUCAUGCGGCCGGUAUCACGCAUCACAGCCGUUGAAUGUUGAGUGGAAAGAUUAGAAAGAACUGUUGAGACUACAUGUAUUUGCUAUGCCCCUUUCUUCACUACACUCAAAUUUGUUCCCCUGCUCUCUUCUUUCUUUCUGGGUCUGUGAAUACCGAAUAGCAACCGCUUUGUAAACAUGAAGGUUGCAGUCAUCGGAGCAGGUUCUUCAGGACUAGUUACUCUGAAAUAUCUUGUUUCUGCUCACACUUUCCUCGGCGCUGAGCCCAUUGAAACACUGUUAUUCGAGAGCGAAGACACCAUCGGCGGCACAUUUCAAGCCAGGACCUAUGAAGAUGCCGAGCAAAAUUCACAGCUUGUCAGUUCUAUGCAGCUUACUUCCUUCUCAGACUUCCGUCUCCGUGACGACGACCCCGACUUCGUCUCUGCCGAGCGCUACGUCGAGUAUCUCCACGAGUACUGUGACAAAUUCAAGCUUUGGUCCCAAAUCAAACUCUCCACCACUGUGGUAUCGGUGAAGCCCAACAUCAAAGGCAAGGGUCAUACAAUUACGUAUUCAGCCAAAGGAACGGGGAAGCAAAAGAGUUGGACCUGUGAUGCGAUUGCAGUGUGCUCUGGCCUGCAUGUCACCCCUAACCUGCCCGAAAUCCCGGGGCUGGAGGACCAUGUGCCCUUGGUGAUGCAUUCAUCCCAGUUCAAAUCCAGCUCACAGUUUGGAACUAAUAAGACAGUCAUGGUGCUUGGAAGCGGCGAGACAGGAGCAGAUAUAGCGUACCUGGCCGUUAUCUCACCCACCAAGCAGGUUGUGAUGUGCCACCGCAGUGGCUUCCAUUUUGCACCCAAGAGAAACCUCAGUCCCGUCUUGUUUUCUGUCCUUGGGGGUACACCCAAUAGCACUCUAACAGUGCCAUUGGACAAUGCCCGAGCAAGUCUCUUCGACACAGCCUAUGUCCACCCUCUGUGCGCAACUCCAAUGCCCUAUGGACAUUCUACGACCGGAGGUCUCGACCAGAUUGUCGGAGAACCUUCCCCAGAGAAGGACCAUGUUAGCAAAAUUUUCUUCAACAAGAGCAGCAAAGCAUCUCCCUACAUCUCGCACCCCUAUCGUCUCAACUCCAAAAGAAGUCUUGUCGACCGCAUCCGCUCCGGUAUCAUCCAGUCGCCCGUACCUUCCACCAAUGAUCGACAGAUUGACUUGGCCCCUUGGCCCGAGUCAGUCUCCUCCGACGGAGAGAUACACUUUCAAGACAAUGAACGGCCGGAGUUUCAGAGGGUCAAAGACGGGAAUAUCAAGCCCGACAUUGUCAUCUGCUGUACAGGCUACAAGCAAACCUUUCCUUUUCUGGACAGAGAUCACUACACCACGGCAGAAGAGGCCAACGUGAGAAAUAUCUGGCACGACAGAGACCCAACAGUGGGAUUCAUUGGGUUCUUGAGACCAAGUCUAGGGGCGAUCCCGCCGUUGGCGGAGAUGCAGGCUCAGCUGUGGAUUCUGAGCAUCAUGGUUCCAGAAAGGGUGCCUGAGUUGAGGCCGGAGGAUGAGCCGCACUACAGGUUGUUACAUGGCAAGGAUAGCCGGAUCAGAUAUGGUAACGAUCAUGAGAGCUAUGUGUACCAGCUAGCAUUGGAUAUGAACUCCGCAGUUGGGCUCGCAGAGAUUGUCAAGAGGUCGUGGGAAUGA